GAAUUCCGUCGGAUCAACGUUUGAUUUUCGCCGGAAAACAGCUUGAAGAUGGUCGGAUUCUUUCCGAUUACAACAUUCAAAAAGAGUCAACUUUGCAUUUGGUUCUUAGGCUAAGGGGCAGCGGCAGGGUUUGCCGUGGGGGUUAUAUUACAUAUGGCCCAUAUCUUGCCGAAUUGGCUCGUAAAUACAUUAUCAACAAGCAAAUUUGCCGCAA